AUGGACGAGGAUGACGAGGAAGAGGAAUUCGCCCUCCGACAUCGGCCACCAGCCCGCGAGUCUCUGGCGAACAAGAUACUCACUUCCCUCGAGAGAAGCACCUUCGACGUCAAGCAUGAAGAUUUUCUGCCAGAAGACUGCAUCGAGCACCUUGUAACACGGGAGGCAAUUCAAGAUGAGCUGCGGAUUAAUGAAUUCUAUCUCCAGAUGGCGUCUGCGAAGCAAGAACGUAUCAUCAACUGGAUCCACACAGAAGCCAAAAAGGUCUUCGCCAUCACCGUCCAAUGCCUCGCAGCCCAGGAUCUGCUUCCAUCCAUACAACGAUUCAAGAAUAAAGGAUUCAACGAUGCUAGCCUUCCUGUGAGGAAUCCAAGGUCUCACUCUGAUUCGAGUUGCCUAUCGCCCCAAACCCACGAACAUUUUCGUCCAGAAAUCUGGGGCCCGUUCCCCCUCUACAACUUCUACGGAAAUCAGUGGAAGUACAUAGCGCCGGUGUUCUCGCCCAACCAGUACGACUACAAUCUCUCAUCCGAGUGCAUAUUCCCCUUCACCGUAGACGGUGCAAUACCCAAAGUUGGGGCAUUCAGUUCCGUUUAUAGGGUCAAGAUACACCCGGCCCAUCAAAAGCAUCCCAAACUGCAGGACGUUGCCAUUAAGGAGAUUAAAGUCAGUCGAGGCGAUGACAAGGCAGGGACAGAGAGUGCCUGGGAGACGGAAGCGAGAGCGUUAGAGGAUAUCAACAAGCUUGAUCAUAAGCACAUCGUCAAAUGUAUCGCCGCCAUUCGCAGGGGCGACAGUCGCUACUUCAUGUUCCCUUGGGCAGACGGGGAUAGCCUUCGCGACUUCUGGGACAGAACACCGAGACAGGCCCCCAGCAAAGAAGUUAUCCAUCAGGCGAUACUUCAGCUAAGGGGACUAGCGGACGCUCUUGAUAGUCUCCACAACUUUGAUGGCGGGCAUACUAGGCAUCACGUCAACGAAGACCAGACAGAUGCACAGCACCAGGAUGUCCCCGAGAUGCGAGUCCACAAUGAACUCAACGAAUUAGGUGACUACGAAGAUGCGCCCAACCAAGAAUCGAUCAGGCACGGUGACCUGAAGCCCGAGAAUAUCCUCAGGUUCCUAGACCAAGAGACGAAGCUGGGAGAACUCAAGAUCGCUGAUAUGGGUCUCGCGAAGCGCCACGUAGUCGAGACCCAGGAUCGAGCCCACCUCACGAGCACUCGAUAUGGGACCAUCCGGUAUGAAGCCCCGGAGACGGUAACUGCGAUCCAAGGGCGGUCGCGUCUGUACGACAUUUGGUCUAUGGGGUGCAUUACUCUCGAAUUCAUCAUCUGGAUCUUGUACGGAAACGAAGAGCUGAAUAGUUUCUACAACCAGGUGAAAGGCGCCGGUCACCAAGUUUGCCAGUACUUCGAAGUCCUCGAGUCCCGGACGCCGAUGCGGGCCAAAGUACAUCGUGUCGUGCUCUUAUGGAUGGACCAGAUCCAAAACAUGGACCCGGAGUGCUCGCAAGAGUCAGCCAUCCGAGAUCUUUUGAGCGUUGUCCGCACGAAGCUUCUUGUUAUUCCCCUGCCUCCGAAUCGGACCAGGUCGUUCAACCCUGGUCCCGGCCUAGUGCCACCAGCCGAAGGAGAGCAGAUUACCCGUUAUCGUGCUACCGCGAGCGAGUUUCGCGACGCUCUUGAUGGCAUAUUGUCCAAACUUAAAGGCUGGGAAUUUCCGGUCGACAAUACUUUCGCUGAGAAAGUUGUAGCUCAAGUGGGGUCCCAAGCACUGUCACCACGGUCGUCCACGCCUGCCCAGCUCUGCGAGCGAUGCAUCGGUCUGAACUUCUGGGCUGGAGGAUUUGCAUUCGAAGAUCAUGUUCAUGCUCUGCAAGAGCGCGCUAAAGUCUGCGACUUCUGCAAGAUGCUUCAUGACGUUUGCGGGAAAGGCGACGCGCCCCGAGGUCGGAAAGUCCGGUUUGAGCGCAUGCAGUCAACUGUGAUGAUGGUGGGAAGCAAUCCGUUGCCUGUACUAUCUAUUUUUCGAAGCCCUGAAUCGAACCCGCCGCUGCAAAUCCAAUUAGGACAGCCGGAGCUUCCAAAGCCCGGAACAGACACUUUCUUCAAAAUCACCAACCUGUGGCUCGAAGACUGCAACACGAACCACAAAGACUGCCGACCCGAAACUCAGAAAAGCCUCCCCACGAGGCUAAUUGACGUGGGCACCCUUGAAGCCCCUAAGCUGCGCCUCCUAGAGUGCCGUGAGGAGAAGCUCUCAGGCUGCGAGUACAUCGCACUCUCGCAUCCCUGGGGCGAUCAAAGCAAGCACCCACCGUUCACGACACUGCGCAAAGACCCCAGUGGCGCGGGUCGUGAGGUCGACAAGUUCAAACAUGCCAUUCCAUACGACCAGCUUCCAGCAACUUUCAAGGAUGCGGUGGACUGUACGCGAGCGUUGAACAUCCGGUACGUCUGGAUAGACUCCCUCUGCAUAAUUCAAGGCAAGGAUGGGGACUUCAAUGAAGAGGCGGAGAGGAUGGAAGAUGUAUUUAGCGGCGCGUAUUGUGUACUUGCCGCAAGUCGCGCCUCAGGCCAGUGCGAUGGCUUUCUAGGGAGCAGGCCGUGGCGUGAGUACAUUACUUUCCAGCGCGGAGACGAGAAGCCCUUCUACAUAUGCAAACCUAUCGAUGACUUUAGCCAUCAUGUGUUAGAAGGCACAUUGAAUCGUCGCGGCUGGGUAUUGCAAGAGCGGGCGCUCGCUCGACGGACCAUUUUCUUCACAGAGAGCCAAACGUACUUCGAGUGCGGCUGCGGUGUACGAUGCGAAACGCUAGCACGGAUGCAUAACAACAUGGCCGACUUCCUCGGCGACCCGAAGUUUCCAGACAAGGCCUGGCGCACGCCGUCUCGCGCACUCAAGAUAUCCUACUUCCAGGACCUUUACCAGCAGUACUCCCGCCUCCAAUUCAGCAGAGAUGAAGACCGCCCUUUUGCCAUCGCGGGCCUCGAAAAGCGUCUUCAAAAAGCGUUUGGGACGAAAGGCGGAUACGGCAUCUUUGAUGACGGCUCCGGAGGUGGGCUUUUUCAUCGAAGCUUGUUGUGGCAGCGCGGCGAAGACGAGGUGAGCAUGGUGCCCAUCCUCUUCCCUGUGGAAAGAAAUGUCAAUGUUCCGAGCUGGUCAUGGAUGGCCUACAAGGGAGGGAUUGGCUAUACCGAUCCCCCAUUCCAGACCGCGGAAUGGGAGAAGAAAGAGAUUCGGCCCCCGUGGACGCGUGGCGGGAAUGAAGAGGCGGAGACGACGCAUAAGCAUAUCGAUAUGUCGUUGACGGCUACGGUGAGAGAUUUCACCGUCGCUGGGAGACUGCCGGCUGAAGUCAGGCUGGUCUAUGAUACGGAGAGGACAGCCUCCGAUGGGCAACGUCCUCAAUGUAUUAUUGUGGCUCGGUCUAAGGAUGGCAAGACGGAUCGGGACAAGAGGCACUAUGUGCUGAUUGUUACGCCGAUGCAGGCAACUGCGGCUCGUGGAGAGAAGUUGUAUAAGCGCGCAGGCGCGGGAUACAUGCCCGGGAAGUAUAUUGCUUUGGAGAAGCCCGGUAUUGCGGCAAAGAUAUGUUAGCUACAACCUCAUGGUCAUCUGUAUAUUCGGCACCCCGGGACAAUCGAGCCAUUACCGGCCCUCGUCCACGCUAAUCUAUCAACGCAUAGGUCUUCAAGCAACGUU